AUGGGGUUAAAGACUCCAGCGGAUUUGGAGGUUAGAACCAAGUUGCUGACAAGACUAGACAGCGGCGAAGAAACCCUUACACUUAACAAGUUAUCAGCAGAGUGUAAGCGGUUACUAAAUCUAAAGGCAGACACAGCAUUAAUCGAAAACAAAAAUGAGACACGCACAGUCAACAAGUGGCAGGCCACGGCGAAGAACCACAACAAGCGAGUUCCAAAAACACCGUGUUGGUUUUGCGGCGGUAUGCAUUAUACAUCCGAAUCUCCAUUCAGUAAGCAUAAAUGCAAACACUGCAACCAUGUGGGGCACAAGGAAGGCUAUUGUGAUUCCGGCAAACCUUGCAAAAAUCAAAAACAAAAACCUUUAUACUUGAAACGCACGGACAAGGCAACAAAAAUAAACAGCAAAAACCAAGGUGAAGGAUCAACAAUCAACAUCAUAUUUGUUACUAAACAAAUCUGUGUAGCAAAUCGCAAAUAUAUUCGCGUGCAAAUAAACAAUUUCCCGGCUGAUCUUCAAUUCGACACAGCUUCAGAUAUUACGGUCAUAUCUGAAGACAUUUUUCGACGGCUUAACGUGAACAAUAUGACGAAAGUCAGCAAUACGGCUCGUAGCGCAACUGGCAAACUCCCAUUAUCAGCACAAUUUCAAUGCACUGCUAAAUUCAAGGACAACAAAGAAAAAAUCAAAGAAGUGCUAAUAAGUGGCACGCUAUACGAUGGCAGCUGGGAAAUCGCAGAGCAUUUAAACAAAUUCUUUGUGAACAGUAUUAUUGAGAUUAACAGUAAUAUACAAGACAUUGGUGAUGACUCAAUCCAGCCGGUAAAAUCUUAA